AUAUACUACUACAUUGCUAAUUUUGUCACAGUUGAAAAAUACUGGUGCAGAAUGUAGCAUUGGCUUUACUCAAUGAAAUUGUGGUUGGAAAGAUGGCGUCCAAGUGCAACCUUUCUGCUUUAUUUCCAAUCCAGAGCCAGUUGGACAACGCCCUGGACAACGCUACGAACCAACAAGAGAAAGAAAACCUUGUCUACCAGUACUUGAGAAAACUAGACGACAACGAUGACUUAAGGAUUCCCGAUUUUGACGAAGGUCUCGAAUGGCUGAACACAGAAGGUCCCCUUUCUUUCACCAGAGAGCUUGCUGGUAAAGUGGUGGUGUUGGACUUCUUUACUUACUGCUGCAUAAACUGCAUCCAUAUCCUACCUGACCUGCAUCAGCUGGAGAAAAAGCACUCUGUCAAAGAUGGGCUUGUUAUCGUGGGUGUCCACUCUGCCAAGUUCCCCAACGAAAAGGUGCUGCAGAACGUGCGGAGCGCCGUGCUCCGCUACAACAUCACCCACCCGGUGGUGAAUGAUGGAGACGCUCGGCUGUGGCAUGAGCUGGAGGUGACCUGUUGGCCCACCCUGGUGCUCGUUGGGCCCAGGGGCAACCUGCUCUUCUCGCUGGUGGGAGAGGGCCACCGUGAGCGCCUAGCGCUCUUCACCAACACCUCCCUUCGACACUACAGGGACCAGGUCCUGCUCAGUGGCCACCUCGUGGGGACCAAGCUUUACAGGGACUCUCUGCCCCCAUCGCUUCUUUCCUUUCCUGGGAAGGUAGCAGUGGAUUCCAGUAGGAAGAGACUGGCUAUAGCAGAUACGGGCCAUCAUCGGGUACUGGUGGUGUCCAGCAUUGGGCUGGUGCUUUACUCUAUAGGAGGGCCUGAGAGUGGUAGGAAAGACGGUAAUCUCGACGAAGCAACCUUCUGCUCCCCACAGGGGAUUGUCAUCAAAGGAGAUACUGUCUUUGUGGCCGACACUGAAAACCAUCUGAUCAGGAAGAUUGACUUGUUGAAGGGACAGGUCAGCACCCUGGCAGGAGUGGGAUAUCAAGGCACAGACAUGGAGGGAGGGGCCAUGGGACCCCAGCAGCCUAUCAGCUCACCCUGGGACUUGGCCCUUGGGACUGCAGGUGGUGAGGAGGAUAACAUCCUGUGGGUGGCCAUGGCAGGGACACAUCAGAUCUGGGCUCUGUUCCUGGAAAAUGGGAAGCUGCCUAAAAGAAGCGAGUCCAAAGCGGGGACGUGUGUGCGCUUCGCCGGCAGUGGCAACGAGGAGAACCGCAACAACGCCUACCCCCACAAGGCCGGCUUUGCCCAGCCCUCGGGCCUGGCCCCAGCUCCGGAGGAGCCCUGGGGGUGUCUGUACGUGGCCGACAGUGAGAGCAGCACUGUGCGCUCCCUGGCGCUGAAGGACGGCGCCGUCAAACUGCUGGUGGGGGGCGAGAGAGACCCCCUGAACCUGUUUGCGUUUGGGGACGUGGACGGGAAAGGAGUGGACGCAAAGCUCCAGCACCCUCUCGGUGUGGCCUGGGCUCCUGACCAAGGCCUCCUCUAUGUGGCGGAUUCCUACAACCACAAGAUCAAAGUGGUGGACCCAAAAACCAGGCAGUGUCUGGUUGUGGCUGGGACAGGGGAAGCUGGUGACGUGUUAGGGCCAAGCUUGACUGAGUCCAGCUUCAAUGAGCCUGGUGGCCUGUGUGUCGGGGAGGGUGGCAGGGUGCUGUAUGUAGCUGACACCAACAACCACCACCUCAAAGUCUUGGACCUGGACACCAAGACCGUGUCACUGUUCCCCAUUUCAGUGGAGGACGCGGUAGACUCUGCACCAACUAAGUCCUCUGGACCUUGUAAAGUCCCCAAGCUCCCCAAAUCUGCUUCUAGGGUGACGAUGCCACCACUGGCAGUGUCACCAGGGCAGACUGUCAACUUGGAGCUGGUGCUAUCGCUACCAGAGGGCAUCAAGCUCACUGAAGACGCACCCAGCUUUUGGACCCUGUCAGCAGAAGGUAACGAUUGGUUGGUAGAGAACCAGGUGGUGACCGGGGACAUCCCAACUCUUUCCCAGCCCCUCUCCAUCCCUGCCAUACUUCCAACGGUUCUCAAGGCGACAGAGGCCAGCCCCUCCCUCACCCUGAGUGUUUGGGUUUACUGCUGUCUGGCAGGAGGUGGGGCUUGUAUGAUGAAAGCCGCCUCCUUCACGCAACCUCUCCAGAUAGGCUCUACACCCAGGAAGGGCUCGGUUACCGUGACGCUGGCUCAUGCCUUCUAACUUAACAAGCCUCUAGCCCUUCCCUCUCGUUGGGGCUUUGUGUUUCAAAUAUGUUUCAUAUUUAAAUGAAGAUUCACGUUUACAAAUGUACAAAUCCUUUUGAUAGCUCCUUUUGAACACAUAUGAUAACAGUAACAAAUAUUUUAUCAGAUUGACAUGUUUAAACAAAUUAGAUAUCAUAAAUAGUAUGGAAAGGGGAAGAAAAGGUCAAACCCGGACUUAAUUCAAUUAACAAACAAAGAAGUUUGGAUACCCCCAAAAAGGAUAAGCCCACCCACCCUACUUGCUUCCGUCCCCUUCGGGGUAAAUCCUAUGUAACUUUGUCUUAGAUAAGUGUACUGUACAAUUGGCGCAUUCAUCUCCCUCCUCUCCCCUGUAACUAUUCCCCAAUUCGUUGCUGUAAAUGAGAAUGUGUUCAGUCAACUUCCCUGGUAAAAUAAAUAAAAAGUUUAAAGUCCUUAAAUUGUAUCAAACAAUGCCUGGAGUAAAUUAUUAUAUAUUUUUGAUUUAUUUAACCUUUAUUUAACUAGGCAAGUUAGUUAAGAACAAAUUCUUAUUUACAAUGACAGCCUACCCCGGCCAAACCCUAACCCGGACGAUGAUGGGCCAUUUGUGCGCCCGCCCUAUGGGACUCCCAAUCACGGCCGGUUGUGAUACAGCCUGGAAUCUAACCAGGGUCUGUAGUGACGCCUCUAGCACUGAGAUGCAGUGCCUUAGACCGCUGCGCCACUCAGGAGCCCUCAAAUUGAAUGGGUAUUGAUGUAUUUUAAGGUAACCUCCCAGUCUGCCACAGGUAUUUCAGUGUCCAGCUCUUCCUCCCACUUUGCUUUAGUAGGAUCUGUGGAGGGUGGGUAGACGGACUGAAAUGUGUCAUAUAAACGAGAUAUCAGUUUGUCUGAUCCUGAGCACGGUUUAAUGCACCCAUCAAACAUGGAAGAUUUGACAUUCUCAAAUGCAGGUAGAUGUUUUCUUAUACUGAACAAACAUAUACGCAACAUGUAAAGUGUUGAAAUAAAAGAUCCCAGAAAUGUUCCAUAUGCAGAAAAAGCUUAUUUCUCUCAAAUGUUGUGCACAAAUUUGUUUACAUCUCUGUUAAUGAGCAUUUCUCCUUUGCCAAGAAAAUCCAUCCACCUGACAGGUGUGGCUGAUUAAACCGCAUGAUCAUUACGUAGGUGCACCUUGUGCUGGGGACCAGAACAGGCCGCUCUAAAAUGUGCAGUUUUGUAACACAAUGCCAUGCCACAGAUUGAGGGAACAUACAAUUGGCAUGCUGCCUGCAGGAAUGGUUGCCAGAGCAUUAAUUUUUCUACCAUAAGCCGCCUCCAACAUCAUUUUUCAGAAUUUGGCAAUACAUCCAACCGGCCUCACAACCCCAGACCACAUGUAACCAUAUCAGCCCAGGACCACAUACGGCUUCUUCACCUGCGGGAUCGUCUGAUACCAGCCACCCAGAAAGUUGAUGAAACCGAGGAGUAUUUCUGCCUUUAAUAAAGCCCUUUUUGUAGAUAUAAACUCAUUCUGAUUGGCUGGGCCUAUGGCAGACACCCCAUCUAAGUAUAAAUUCCCUAUGUUAUGGAUCCCAACAUCUGCCCAGCCAUAAAAUUCUUGUCUACAUUGGAGGGUGCAAAGGAAGGAUUUCCCACUAUUGGGAGUAGAAAUGACAUUAGUCUGAGGUCAAAAUGUACUUUAACUUGCUUCCAGAUACGGAUUGUGCUAUAUACAAUGGGAUCGGGUCUAUAAACCGAUGUCUCAAGGCGUAUAGGGGACAUAAUCACUGCACAAAUUGGGUAGGGGUAGCAGUCCUCGCACUCCAUAUCAAUCCAGCAGGACAAUACAGCAGCGUCAUCGAGCCAAAACGUGACAGAGUGGAUAUUUGCAGUCCAAUAGUAACAAUCCUCCUUCCAACUUAGAUUUUAAAAGGUUUUUACUUAUCCUGUGUGCUUUAAAUUCCCAAAUAAAUGGGUUUAUAAUCGAGUCCAGUUGAUUAUUAAAGGACUUUGUCAGAAAUAAAUAUGUACUGUAUAACAGUUGAGGGAGAAAUACCAUUUUCAUUGCAUUAACUCUUCCCAGUAAAGAUAUAGGGGAAGCGUUUUGUUAGGUGGGCAUUAGGGGAACUAGACUUGGGGUCGAAAUGGAAUUGGGUCACUAUUAUAUGUCACAUGAGGGAGUGCAUGGUUUUCUCUGCACAAGUAUUCCCUGUCUUUAUUUUACAAGAUGUCAGCACCAAAGUGCAUGUAUGGUCUUCCUCUUCACUGUGUGUUUAUGGAUGGGGGAAAACAAGUGGGCUCUAAAUAAGGUUUACAUAAUACAUCCAUAAGCACUCCGUAACACCUCUAGAAAACCUUUCAUAGACUUAUGUCCACAACAGCACUGUGUCUGCUGACUGGCUUGGAUUUGUGCCAGCCAACUUGCUUACUUAAAUAAUACUUCAGCGCUGGCAAAACUGGUUACAAUUAAAUUAAAUUUCAACCAAUUUUGCCCUGUUGGUUUUGUCAUAAGGCAUUUACAAACAGUUUCCUCACACUUAGUCAUUACGCCCACAUUUGUAAAUGUUAGUAACCAAGUUAUUCACACAUUUAUAAACUUUUAUAUUUUAACUGAUGUAUUAAUGAUUCAUAAGAUAAUAAGAUGUUUAAUAUAGGUCCUUAUAAACCAUUUAGUAAUCAUUAGUUUGUACCUAAUCUAAAGUGAGGGCUUAGCGUUAAUGUUACCUUCAGCGUUAGUGUUACCAGCACUCAUAAUGCCUUUUAUGAGGCCUACCUCCAGAGGUGGUCAGGAAUAUCUGAUCACAAUCGGAUCACAAUGCGUCUUUUAAUCGGCUACACCUGAAAACAUUUUGGGCACAAUCGGAAUGUGGACAAGCUCAGGACAAAGGACGCAUGUUAGUAUCAGGUGUAAAUGGGGAUUCUGAUUUCUCUUUCCCAGCUUCACCUCAGACCCCCAGUGCUGUCUGGCCGGCAUGUGUGUUUUUAUACUUUCCAAGGGCAGCGCUUUUUACAAACUGGUUUCUUUUAUUAUGCAAUGUAACAAGGACAAAGUAAUAAAACCAUAUUUUAUCAGCC